AUGCCUCUGUUUUGGUGUUACCUCCUUUCGGUCCACCUGCUGAUGGUCUCCACCCCAGUGGGUGCAAGCGUGUCUAGGAGCUUCAAAGACUGCAGCCAGUUCUUCUAUAUGCACACCCCACCAGAGGGAAUCCGGGGAGACGCGCUGAGGAGGAUCUGUCAGCGCUAUCGAGACCAGCUUCACUAUGCCACCUUGUAUGACAGCAGUCAGCGCCUCCCUCUUUACUCGGCCUACAUCUUUAAGAAGUCUGAUGGAAAGAGGAGGAUGGACACUCCCUGGAUGUACGAGCCACAGCUGGUUUCAGACGACGAGAGUGGGAACAUGAGGGUGCUCCCCUUGAGCGAUGACAGUCUCCCUCAGAUUGAGGAGAGCCAGGCUGUGCUGGAGGACUUCACGGAUGCUGUGGCAUACGAGCGCGGCUCGCUGAAUCCGGAUCAGCACCAAGCGGAACCUGAAGAGAAAUCUGCCACCUACGCCCUGACCAACGUGAUUCCACAGAUCACAGGUUUCCUCCAAGCUUCCUGGGAUCCAUAUUUGGACGUCAUCCGCCGGCGGCUCAACAACUUCUGCCGAGGUAAAUCCUUCAUAGUGACGGGGGCCACAAUCUCUGGGGCAACAAUACAGAGGGAUCGAUUAGAUCGUAUAGCAAUCCCAAAACACUUGUGGUUGGCGUACUGCUGCCCGUGGUUUGACCGCAAUUCACCGUACGAGGUGAGGUUCAUGUUCCCCAGCUAUGGGGGCUACGCGCUGAACGAGGAGACCGGCCACAGUGUGGUAGAGGUCCCUUUGAAGACCCUGGAGACCUUUCUGAAGAGCCAAACGAAUAUGGACAGCAACCUUGCUAUUUUCUACAAGGGCUGUCCGUCAGAGAACCGUUUCAAGAGGAAAACGAAGGACCUACAAGCGGUUUUGGUCUGA